CGCUUUGCUUGUGCGUUCUCUACCGUUGUGCUUUUAUGGUUAAUUUCGAUUCCGAAUUUCUCACCUCAUUGGAAAAGGAGACCCGAGAGCCGGUUCAACCAUCAUCACUCCGUUUACUGGUGUCUUGUACAACAACGGACCAACAACCACCACCAACAAACUCCUUCGACUCUUUUGGACUUCCCACCACCUCUCGGCCCACGGUCGGCAUCUACCGAGAGGGGCGUUGUGUCGUUCGAUUCUCCCCCACGGCGCGUUUGCCUUGAAGCUUAUCCGGGUUAAGCUUGGUCCAGGAGCUCCUUGUGGCCAGCAUCCGUUUCCAGCAAGGGCAGCCAGUAGUCAAGGGAGGCAGGGCCUGGUCUUUCGUCUCCUUGUUCGCGUUGAAGAGCGUUGCGGGGGAAGGACUUUGGGGGAAAAGUAGGAACGUAAAGUGACGAAAGACUUCACUCACUCUUGUGUGUGUAUGUGUGUUGGCUAUUCCCAUCGUUCAUUUCUGGCACGUGGUCAUUUCCGAUCCUUGAAGAGAGAGACCUCGGUCCCCGGACGCGACCGUCUUAUACUCUCCCGAUUGCCCAACACCUCUCUCACGGACUCUUGCCGACGGAACAUUCGCGUACAUACAUACACAUACACACCACUCACCCUCCCUCCCUCCAAGACAAGCUACUCCCCCUCCUUUAAAAAGAAGAGAUGGCGCACUCACCGUCCCCGCCCCUGCCGAUCCUGUACGCCGAGGACACGCCCUUCUCCGAGUACUCCACCGCCGUCUGGGGCCGUGUCUUCAACGCGCGCCGCGACUUCUCGCGGCGGCCCGUCGCCGUCGUCCAGGCCACGCGCAAGGCCCACGUCGUCGGCGCCGUCCGCCUCGCCGCCUCGCGCGGCUGGCGCGUCAGCGUGCGCUCGGGCGGCCACUCAUGGGCUGCCUGGUCCGUCCGCGACGAGGCGCUGCUCCUCGACCUCGGCGGCCUCGGCAAGGGAAUCGGCGGCGGCGGCGGCGGCGGCGGCAGCGACGAGGGCAUGGUGUACGACCCGGCCACCGGCGUCGUCGCCGUCGCGCCCGCGCGGACGGGGAGGGAGCUCAACGAGUACCUCGCCGGCCAGAUCGGCGGGCCCGGCGACGACAGCGUCGAGGGCGUCGGGAGGUGGUUCCCCGGCGGGCACUGCCCGGACGUCGGGCUGGGCGGGUUCCUGUUGCAGGGCGGCAUGGGAUGGAAUUGCAAGAACUGGGGCUGGGCGUGCGAGAACGUCGUGGCCGUCGACGUCGUCACGGCCGACGCGCGGGAGCUCCGGUGUUCCGAGACGGAGAACGCCGACCUGUUUUGGGCCGCGCGCGGCGCCGGGCCGGGCUUCCCCGCCAUCGUCACCCGCUUCUACCUCCGCACCCGGCCCCUGACGGGCAUGUUCCAGUCGUUGUACUUUUACUCCCUCGACCGCUUCGACGAGAUCCUGAACUGGGUGAUCAAGGUCUCCCCCAAGGCCUCCCCCGACCUCGAGAUCGUCCUCCUCGCCCUCACGCCGCCGGGCCAGACGACGCCGCAGGUCAUGGCCAACUUCCUCGCCUUCUCGCCCGGCCCUGACGGCCUGAUCCCCGUGCACUCGUCGCACCCGCCGGGGGCCCUGUCGACCGUCUUCGCGGCGCCGACGACGCUGCCGCGGCAAUACAUCGACCAGGACGCGGCGAACCCGCCGGGCCACCGGUACAUUUCGGAGAACGCCUACGUCGCCGACGACGCCGACGUCGCCGCCGUGCUGCGGCGGGCCUUCACGGAGCUGCCGACGCCGCAGUCCUUUGCGCUGUACUUUUCCAUGAACCCGUGCUCGAGGCGGCAGCAGCAGCAGCAGCAGCAGCAGCAGCAGGCCGGGGCCGGUGCCGUGAAUGGGGCGGAGAAGAAGGAGGGGACGGCGACGGCCUGGGACAUGCCCGACAUGGCGCUGAGCAUGCAGUCGGACCACUACUUCGCGCUCUACACGUGCUACCCGGACGGCGAGGACGACGAGCGGUGCCAGGGGUGGGUGAGCGACAUCAUGGCGGGCGUCGAGAGGCACGCCGUCGGCAGCUACCUCGGCGACGCCGACUUUCGGUACCGCCGGACCCGGUUCUGGGGCGAGGAGCAGGGCCGGCGGCUGAUGGGGCUGCGACGGACGUGGGACCCCGAGGGCCGCGUCGCCGGGUUCCUGAACGCGGAGGACGGGAGCGGCGUCGAGGGGUUGAAGAACGAGUUCGAGUGGGAGUGA